CCCGAAGGCCGGCAGUUUGACAGAUGCGAGAUCUAAACAAACUUCCCCAACAACGUGUUUUCCCAACUCGUUUCACAGAAAAAGCGCAACGUGCUGUUUUUUCGUUUGCUUACUGCAGUUUUGUGUGUGUUAAAUUGUAUUGCUAACGUUGUUUCCUUCUAUCCAAAAGCAAUGACGGAAAAAGCGGAAAACCACAAGCCCAGCAAGUUCAGCAAAAAUGAACUACGACGGCGAAGUCGCACCUAUUUUCACCGGCAGUGCCGCAUCAUCGUGCGAAAUCUAUCGUACAAAAUCACGGAAGACAUGCUGCGCAGCGAAUUCGAGCGAUUCGGCACGCUCGAGGAAGUUAACAUUCUUAAACGGGAGGAUGGCAAAUUGGUUGGCUGUGCGUUUCUACAGUUUUCCCAGCGAGAAGAAUCCGAUCGUGCCAUUAAGGAGAUGAACAGUCAGCCCAUUAUGGGUAGGAAGGUAGAUGUUCACUACGCUCAAGACAAGGCAGAUUAUUCCCGCACCAAACGAGCGAAAAUUAAAGAGGAAAAUUCUGUAAAAAUCGAAAAUGAUGAAGAUGUCCAAGUCAAGGAUGAGGAAGACGACGACGAGGACGACGAAGUCGACGACGAGGACGACGAAGGCGACGACGAGGACGACGACGACGACGACGACCAUGAUGAUGAUGAUGAGGACGAAGAAAUGGAAGAUGAUGAACAUGGGGACAGCGAGGACGACAUGGAUGAAAAGCCCCCGAAAGGUUUAAAGCCUCCUAAGAAAGGAGGUAAACAGCAACAUAACGAAGUUGAGGAAGGUCGCGAAGUGUUUGUGAAGAACGUACCGUACGAGGUGGAAGCGAGCGAAUUGCAAGAAAUAAUGUCCCAGUUCGGCAUAGUGGAGAAGGCUUUAAUCAACAAGGAGCGUAUAUCGGGACACUCGAAAGGAACGGCCUUUAUCAUCUUCAAGUUGAAAGAUUCGGCCGAACUCAGCUGCCGCCACAGUCUCAAGCUAAAGGUGCGUGAUCAGUAUGUUGAAAUCAUGCCAGCCCUACGCAAGACGGACAUCGAAAAUCGCGAGAAAGCGAAGCAGGAGAAACGAGCGAAAGAUUCACGCAAUCUGUACCUGCUAAAGGAAGGUUUGAUAAUGGCCGGUUCGCCCGCGGCCAAGGACGUCUCGAAGGCUGACAUGGCACAAAGGUUGCGCUUGGAGCAGCGUAGCAAUGAGAUACUGAAAAACUUUAACCGCUUUGUCGCACGCGACCGUUUAACCAUUCACAACAUCCCGCAAAACUACGCGAACGACGAUCUGCGCAAAAUGAUCGUAAAAUUCACUUCCUACAAACCGAAGGAAUGUCGCGUGAUGCGCGAAAAUCGCGCCGGAGGAUCUUCGCGCGGAUACGGAUUUGCGUCGUUCGCGAAACACGAAAUAGCGCUGGAAGUGCUGCGCAAGUUGAACAACAAUCCGGCCGUGUUUGGCAAGAACAGUCGGCCGAUCGUUUCGUUUAGCAUUGAGGACCGCAACGUCUACAACAUCCGCCAAAAGCGGUUGGAAAAGUCGCGCCUCAACAAUCCCACCUACCAGAAGAAAUUGGAGGAGCUGAAGGCGAAAAAGCAGGCCAAGGCAAAAUCUCGCAAAGAAGCGAGAAUGGACGCAUUGAAGCAGUUGGCAAUGGCACCUACCACGCUGCUGCAAAAGCUUAAUCCGAAAACUAGGGCGGCCGAGCUGGUACAGAAAAAGAAGCAGCGCAAACGUGACAUCGAGCAGACACCGUUCGCUGGGGAGGUGUCGAAGGAAGGCAAGUCCGGUAUCCGGUCGAACCGUAAGAUAGCAUACCAAGCUGAUGCGCACUUGAAGCGCAUUAAUCAGGAGCGCAAGGCAGAGAAAAAGCAGCGACGCAAACAGGAACACGCGCGGAACAGGAUGGAGCGACAGGGCAAGAAGAAGGUGAAGCCGAAGCUGAACGUGAACGAGCUGAAAAAGGAGGAUGCGUUCUUUAAAGAAGCCAUCGGAAAGUACAAAGAUAUGAUCAGCCAGGUAAAGAAAGCACCGGCACGAAGCAAGUGGUACAGCGAAUAGUGACGAGGGAGGACUACGGGUUUGCUGUAAGCCGUGGAAUGGGCAAUAAAUGAUUGAACAACGGAA